AUGAACAAUUCAGAUCCCAAUGGGUUAUGCCUUACAACCUCAAAUACAUCGUCACUAGUAUCCACCUCUUCCAUAAACACAGCCAAAUCCACAAUAACAAACAAGUUCAAGAAUGCUUUAAACAGGAAAAGAUCUAAAAGCCUAAUAAGUCCUGAAACUUUAGAAGUUUCCACCUUAAAACCAUCAAAUAGAAAUAAAUCAAUAAGUUCAAUACAAUAUUCUCCAACACCAUCCACUAUUGCCAAUUUUGAAAAUCAAGUGGUUAAUAAUAUGAUGAUGAAUUCAAGAAGUAAUUCCACUUCAAGUAUAAGUGAUACAGAUUCUACAAUUGAUGCACCAACUACACCAAUUUCACCAUUAUUUAAGAUUGAUGAAGUUUCCAAAACUGGGGAAUUUCAAAAUAUACAGAUUCGUCAGAAUGAAGAGAUGUUUGAUAGUAUCGCUGAUGGGAUUUUGGAAAGGAUAAGUAAGAGUGAAACACAAAUUGAUUGGUCUAUAUGA